AGUGGGAAGCCGUGGCGUGCGUACACACGGUUAAAUGGUUAAUCCUUGCUCGGACGUCAACUAGAAAGGGGGCGACGACCCUUCCGCAGAUCAGGAGGAGCCGAGGAGAAGACGAAGCGAAGAGAUCGGCCGCCGACGGCGAGAGAAUGAGCUACCAGAAGGUCCCUCCGCAGGAAUCCUACCCUCCGCCAGGGUAUUCGCCGGUGUACCCGCCGCCGUCAUCCGGUGGGCAACAGGGCCCGUACUACCCGCCGCCGUCAUCCGGUGGGCCACAGGGCCCAUACUACCCGCCGCCGCAGCAGCAGCCGCCUCCGGGGUACCAGGGCUACUUCAGCGAGGGGCAGCCACCGCCCUACUACUACCCGCCGCCGCAUGGUGGCCAUGACCACCACGGCCACCACCAUGACCACCACGCCGAGGAUCACCACCACCACCACCAUGGUCAUCACCACCAUCACCACGGGGACGAUGACUGCUGCCUUGGGUUCCUCAAAGGAUGGUUGGCCGCUCUAUGCUGCUGCUGCAUGCUGGAGGAGUGCUGCUGCUGCUGCUGGUGACAUGCCUGCUUCGAAGCUCCUUGUGUCUUGCAUUUUGGAAUCUUCAGACUUAUUAUUAUUCCCCAGUAUAUGCAUGGAUCCCGUUACCUGUGUAAAAUAAAUCGUGUUUGCAUUGUUCAGCAUAGCUCUUGUUUGUCUUUUCUCAACUGAUUGGUCCAUGGCGGAAGAACUGUAUUGUGGAAAGAAUAUUUUUUACUCAUUGAUCGCUGAAGGCUGAAGUUUGCUGCUGAAAUGCUCCUGGAUGGAUAUACUAGAUGUAUAUAUAAUCCAUUGAUACACGAGUUUGUACUUUUGACACUAACCGGGAGGUCCCGAUAACAAAUCUCCUGGGAUGGAUAUACUAGAUGUAUAUAUAAUCUGUUAUUUUCA